CCUAUUCUGACAUGUGGGUUUGCUUUGAAAGGGGAACUGAUGUUUCAGAGCGAUGACAUUCAUGGGACUCAUUGUGCUCCUCCUCUUUUAAAAUUUUACCAACUACUUCUGAAAAUCAUUUUGACCUGGACAGUGAGGAGGGCCAGACCACCAGAGAACCGUCAGCACAAUGGAGCAAAUGACCAGCAGAUCAAACAAGAAAAAAGUAGCAGUGGUGGGUGGUGGUUUGGUUGGGGCACUGAAUGCCUGCUUCUUUGCCAAAAGAGGCUUUGAUGUGGAAGUGUUUGAAACUCGUGAAGAUAUCCGGCAAGCCAAAAUUGUGAAGGGGAGAAGCAUCAACCUGGCUUUGUCUCACCGAGGCCGGCAAGCACUGAAGCAUGUUGGAAUGGAGGAGAAGAUCAUCUCUCAGGGAAUCCCCAUGCACGCAAGAAUGAUUCAUUCCCAGAAUGGGAAACAAUCUCCAAUCCCUUAUGGCAAGAAAGGCCAGUACAUCCUGUCAGUAGACCGAGCCAAUCUAAAUAAACAGCUGCUAACAGCGGCAGAGACAUAUCCAAACACAAAGUUGAACUUUGACUACAAACUGCAGGACUGGAGUGCUGAAACAGGACUAAUGACCUUUGUCAGGUCAGAUGGCUUAGAGGAGCAGAUCAAGGCAGACCUGAUUGUAGGCUGUGAUGGAGCUUUCUCUGCCAUCCGCAAGCAAUUCCUUCGUCGCAGCCGCUUCAACUAUAGCCAGACCUACAUCCCCCAUGGCUACAUGGAGCUCACCAUGCCACCUAUAAAUGGAGAGUUUGCCAUGAAGCCUAAUUAUCUGCACAUCUGGCCAAGAAACACAUUCAUGAUGAUCGCCCUGCCCAAUUUGGACAAGACAUUUACCUGUACCCUCUUCAUGCCCUUCGAAGAGUUUGAGAAGAUCACCACCGGAAAUGAAGUCAUCGAGUUUUUCCAGAAAUACUUCUCUGAUGCCAUACCACUAAUAGGAGUUGAUACUCUCAAGAGAGAUUAUUUCCGAUUGCCUGCGCAGGCCAUGGUGUCUGUCAAGUGUACCCCAUAUCACAUUGGUGACAAAUGCGUCCUUAUGGGCGAUGCUGCCCAUGCAGUGGUUCCUUUCUACGGGCAGGGGAUGAACGCUGGCUUUGAGGACUGCAUUGUCUUUGAAGAAGUAAUGGAACAGUUCAAUGAGGAUUUCAGUGCUGUUCUGCCUGAGUACACCAGAGUGCGAGUUCCAGACGACCAUGCAAUCGCAGACCUGGCCAUGUACAACUACGUUGAAAUGCGAGCCCAUGUCAACUCCAGAUGGUUCCUUUUCAGAAAACGUGUUGAUAACUUGCUCCACUUCCUCAUGCCAAAGACAAUAAUUCCACUUUACACAAUGGUCACUUUCACCAGGACGCGGUACCAUGAGUGUGUGGAGCGCUGGCAAUGGCAAAACAAAGUCAUAAACUAUGGCCUGCUGGUCAGUGCUACAGGAUUGGUUUUGGGAGGAUCCUUCCUGCUCAUUAAAAAUCCUCCUGAUAUCAACAAGCUCAUCAUCCCUGCUGAGAAAAUGUGGAAUAGGCUCAUGGCCCUGAGGACCCCAUGAGCACUGGUACUGUCUCUGAUCUGGCUAAUGCAAAGAUUGGAGCACCAACCACUAAAAAUGAACUCAAAUUUGAGUGAUUUGAUUGAAUCAUUCAACGAAAGGCAAAUUAAUUUAUGAUUCUAAACAUUGUCUUAAUGUAUACCACUCAUAAUGACUGAUAAUAUUUUAGUGUUUUACUGAUAAUGGUGUGACUGCAGGAGUGCAACAGUGGAUUUUAUCAGUCUUUAGAUUUGAGGCUUUUUAUGCCAUCAUUAUUUUUAAUGUGAAAACAAAAAUGCCAGUAUUAAACUCUCAGGCAGGGGCUGGGGUACAUGCUGUUUAAGUUUACACUUUUACAUGAAUUGCAAAUAAAUGUUCCCUCAGGUCAUA